UAAAUCGAACAAAAUGUCCUUCAGCUCAAACUUCUCCAUCCGUUCCAUUAUUGGUGAAGAAGCUGGUACAGCAAGUGGGGAUUCCAACAUGGAUAGACCCAAAUAUUCAUAUGGUGCAUUGAUCAUGAUGGCGCUAAAGACGAGCCCCAGUGGACGAUUAACACUAGCGGAAAUCUAUGAUUUCAUAAAAAACCACUUUCCAUAUUAUAGGACAUGCAAAACAGAUUGGCAAAAUGCUAUUCGUAACAAUUUGAGUCUGAGUGAACAUUUCGUGAGACUUGCCCGUGAAUGCGAUGAUCCUGGACGUGGAGGUUAUUGGACCUUAGCACCACAGUAUCAACAAUUGUGCAUUGGGAAUGAUACAGGAAGACUGCGCCAACCUCCAGCUCCACCAGCACCUCCGAUGAACUGCCAUUACGUACCGGUGCCUGCGUUUCAUGGUAUGGCAUACCUAUAUAGAGAUUGUGGCCUACCAGGAUGUAUGUGCUAUCAAACCUUGCGACCCAUUUUCCAAGUGCAACAAAUGUACUUUAAUAUGCAGUAAAUUUAGUAGAUGAAAUGACAAGUCAAUAUUAAGGAAUAUUUUUAGAAAAAAUAUGAUUUAAUUAAGAAUAUAUGUAAUUAGACCAAAACACGGUUGCUAAGUUAAGGAAACAACUGGAAAAGAUU